AUGGAGAUUGUAAGCCUAUGCUCCUCAGGGAAGUCUACUGGAUUAAACUGCAUACUUAAUUUUCUUUCUUUAUCUUUGUUUUUCUCUUUUUUCUUUUUUUCUUUUUUUGUAUUCGGAUUAUUUCUUUUAUUUUCUUUUUCCUAUUACUGUAUUGCUUUAAUAUUCUUCUUUUUUAAUUUCUGGAGUCGACACGCUUUUUCUUCGUUCACUCUUUCUUCCUUUUUAUGUACCAAGUCAGAGUCGAUCAUAUCUCUCCUCAAAUAUCUAUCUUUUGUUGUUCUAAACAAUUUUUCAUCCAUUGCCAUUCUUUUUUUGUCCAUGUUUUGCCAUCCAUUCUCACAAACUUGUCGAUCUCUGCUUUUCUCAUUUCUUUUUUUUUUUUUUCUUUUUUUUUUAUCUUCCUUUCUCUCUCUCUCUCUCUCUCUCUCUCUCUCUCUCUCUCUCUCUCCGUCUCCCCCGUUUUCUUUUAUCCUUCAUUUCUCUCCUUUAUCUUUUCGAUUUCCUCUGAUUUUUCGCUCUGUUCACUUUCUCUUUCCUCUGUUACAUCCAUCUUCUCUCUCUUUCUCUCUCUCUCGUCUUUUUUCCUUGUUCUCUUUCCUUUUUGCUCAUUUUAUUUUUUUUUCUCUUUUCUUUCCAUCUUUCCUUUCCUUUUUACUUUCACAUUUUUCUUCUUUCUUUCUUUCUCUCUUUUCUAUCACUUUUCAUAUUCCUCUUUUUUUAUUUUUCGCUGUUAUUUUUUAUAUAAACUCUUUUCUCUUUCUUGUCAGUUUUCUUCCCUUUUUCCUCGCUUUUCUUUCUUGUUUUCCAAUUUAUUCCUUCCUCGCUUUUUUUCUUACUUGUUUUCUUUCUCUUUUUACUUUUCUCUUUUUUCCUUUCUUUCUUUUUCUUAUCUUUCAUUUAUUCUUUCACUUCUCCUUUCUUCUUUUCAUUAUUUUUCCCAUACCUUUUUUCACUGUGGUUAUUUUUUCUCUCGUUUCUCCUUCUUCCCUUUUUUUCCUUCACUUUUCUUUUAAGUUCGUUUUCUUUUUACGCUGUUUUUUUCUCCCUCUUUGGUUUCUCUUAUUUUCUUUCUUUUCUCUCCUUACCCAUUCCUCUCUUUUUAUAUACUCUCUCUCUCUCUCUCUCUCUCUCUCUCUCUCUUCACGCUUAUUUCACGCUGUCUACUUUCAUUUUUCUUCUCCCUUCGAUUACUUCACUAUUUUAUUUUUCUCUUACUUUUUUCAUUAA